AUGCCCCCCGGGAGCUGGGUGGUUCUUAUGGAUCGACGAGACCGCCGUGGCCGAUUCAGCGACGACGGCGCCUUCUUACAAUACUCUUUCAUCAGAAUCCGUCGACCCUCUCCAGAGACUGCCCCGAAGCAACAACAACAACAAGAACAACAAAGACCGGCCCCUGUCUCUAGUUCAGUCGAGGUGGUCGGCGGGCUGACCGACUUCCUGCGCGAAACCGUGCCAGAGACUCAUAUUGCCACGUGGGAGAAACGGCUCGAGGAGGUAGAGAGGGAUUUGGUUUCAGCUUUGACUAGACCGAGCCCACCCAGUACCCCGUCAUCGAUGGAAUUCUCACCGGGGGUGAACCCGAUUGACGAGGUGUUGAGGCGCUUGACUUCAGCUGCAACUGAGAGGAGCGCAGACAACGCCCCGCCAGAGACUGAUCUUUCCACUGGGGAGGGACUGGUCGUGGAGGUAGAGAGGGAACGCUGCAUCGGCGUCCGCGUCAUGGCUGAGAGCCGGGUCCACACUUUACUGGACCAGUUACUAUGA